AACCGAAAAUUCUUUCUUCGUCCCCGUCGAGCUUGGCAGUGCGUCGAUCGAUCCUUGAGCGCGGUGCAGCGUCCAUUCCUCCGCCGCCGUCCUUCGGCGGCUCUUCCUCCAAACACCGAGCUUCGGUCUACGUCCAUAGCCCGAUAUUUCAGAGUUUUCUUUUCGAUCAUCAACUGGGCAUCUUUGCGUUGAUACAUUGUGUUGCUUGCAAUCUUCCCCAAUGGCAACUGCGGCUUCUUCACUGCCUCUGCAUAUUUUAGUUCGCGAACCGGACGGGUUCUCUCUGUGGAAUGGACCUCCAUUUGCUAAUGGUCAGCCGGGCGUCAAGCUCGAGAGAACUCUGUGCACGAACACCAAUUUCUGCGAAGAUGGGUCCAGGCUGAUGGUGAUAAAGUCCGACUCCGUGAUUGGCGUGUAUGACUGCAGAACCUUCAAGGAAAUCAGGAAUUUCGAGAUUCCCAAUUUGGUCAUGGCAACAUUGUCCCCGAGCGGGACUUAUCUCCAGACUUUCCAGAAAUCCUCAACCCCACAGGAGAAGAAUGUGAUCUUGUGGAAAGUGGAGUCUGGGGAGUCUGUUUAUCAGCUCUUCCAGAAGAACAUUACUAAAACGACAUGGCCUACGAUCCGAUUUAGUUCUGAUGAAGCUGUUGCGUGUCGACUUGCAACAAAUGAGAUCCAAUUUUUCGAUGGUUGUGACUUUUCAAAGGGUUUCAAUUAUAGGCUGAGAGUUCCUGGAGUUGCUGCAGUUGAGCUCUCUAAAAAUCCGGGGUCCCACGUUGCAGCAUAUGUUGCAGAAUCUAAGGGUGUUCCUGCCAGUGUCCAAAUAUUUGCAUGUAGGGAGGAUCAGCAGAGUCAAUCUGUUGCGCGGCGAAGUUUCUUCCGCUGCUCAUCAGUGCAACUGCACUGGAAUUAUGGGUCUACUGGACUUUUGGUUGUGGUGCAGUCUGAUGUUGAUAAAACCAACCAGAGUUACUAUGGGGAAUCGAAGUUAAACUACCUAACAACAGAUGGGACUCAUGAAGGGCUCGUGCCUCUUCGUAAAGAGGGACCUAUUCAUGACGUUCAAUGGUCAUAUUCUGGUUCUGAAUUUGCUGUUGUUUAUGGAUUCAUGCCUGCAAAGGCUACUAUUUUUGACAAGAAGUGCAAUCCACUCCUUGAGCUUGGAACAGGCCCUUAUAAUACCAUCAGAUGGAAUCCGAAGGGGAAGUUUAUAUGUUUGGCAGGUUUUGGUAACUUGCCAGGUGACAUGGCAUUUUGGGAUUACAGGGAGAAGAAACAGCUGGGAACAACAAAAGCUGAAUGCUCUGUAACCAGCGAGUGGUCUCCAAAUGGCUGCUAUUUUAUGACUGCCACAACACUUCCAAGACUACAAGUUGACAAUUGUAUUAAAAUUUUCCACCACAACGGAACACUAUUCUUUAAGAAGAUGUUUGACAAGUUAUACCAGGCUGAAUGGAAACCAGAAUCACCCGAGAGAUUUGGUGAAGUUGCUGAACUGAUAAAGUCCGUUGACUCUCUAAAGGUGGAAGACCGAAAACCACAAGGACAAACAGCAAAAUCAUCUCAAAAUUCUUCAAAGGUAACUUCUACCAACAUGCCUGCCCAGAAACCUGCUGCCUAUCGUCCACCACAAGCUAAGAAUGCAGCCGCUGUCCAGGCAGAGCUGCUUGGAAAGAGCCCUUCGGAAACGUUGAGCAAGAAUGCAUUGAGAAACAAGAAGAAAAGGGAGAAACAGAGGGAAAAAAAAGCUGCAGAGGCCGGUUCUGCCCCAAGUGAUUCAUGAUACGAUAGUUAAUGUGAGUUGCAUGUCUAGAAUCUUGGUCGCCAUUUUGAUUUCCCGUGCAUAACGAAGAGGCCAUAGGGAAAAACAGCGGCACAAUGCCUUCUGCCUAUUCCCUUAGAGUGGAGCUACUCCAACGAUGCCGGUAUUGGGCUUUUGAGUGGAGAUUGGAAGACUUAACUUGUGUGGAGAUGAUCAGUGGACUUCUUUGCUCUCUGUUUACUGUUCUUUGAAUUUAUUGCGGUGAGGGGCAACAUUGUGUGAAACUAGGAACUCCUUUUCUUCGAAUAAUGGUCAAAUAUCUGCGAAAUAGCAUGAAUUGUUCGAUUUA